CGUUUCAUAGCCACAGAUCACAACAGCGUCCCACGUUCCGAGUGACAGUGCGUCACGUGAGAGCCCUGUGAACCAAUAGGAUAAGGAUUCGUGGUGCUGCGCUUCUGGAAUGCUGUACCGGGAGGAAUGUCAGUGGUAGUGGCACGCAAACUGUCCGAGGAGUAGCAGUUUAGGGUGAAGCGGAGUCGUCAGAGGCAUCAAAUAGGGGUGGAUCAGCGCCAUGGCUACUGCACACUCCGCGUUGGCACUUGCCGUCUGCAUCCUCAUGAUAACAGAGCUCAUCCUGGCCAGAAAGGACUACUAUGACAUCUUGGGCGUGCCGAGGGAUGCCACGGAACGGCAGAUCAAGAAGGCCUUCCACAAGCUGGCCAUGAAGUACCACCCCGACAGAAACAAGAGCCCCGACGCGGAGGCAAAGUUUAGGGAAAUCGCAGAAGCUUACGAAACGUUAUCGGAUGACAAGAGGAGGCGAGAGUACGACCAGUUUGGGCACGCUUCGUUCCCUGGUGAGGGGAUGAGAGGUGAAAACGGCGGGCCACACUUCCAACAGCCCUUCAGCUUCAACUUUGAUGACAUGUUCAAAGACUUUGACACUUUCAGCCAUAACCGGCAUGCGCGCCAGCACAAGCACUUUGAUAGCCACUUCCGGGCUCACCAGGAAGCCCACGCUCGCCACAAGAGACAUUUUCAGGGCGCCUUCGGCGGGGGCCUUUUUGACGAUAUGUUUGACGACAUGGAGAAGAUGUUCACGUUCCACGGGUUUGAAGGCGCACGCAGGCAUGCGGCACGGACCGAGAGCAGAUUUCACAGCUCCACCAAACAGCACUGCAGAACUGUGACCCAGCGCAGGGGCAACAUGGUGACCACUUACACUGAUUGCUCUGGCUCCUGAAGAUUACAUGAGAGCUCCCUUUCUUCCCACACUCACUAGGGACUGGCUUGUCAGGGUGUAUUUUUUUUGGUAUUAACACAUAAUUUGUCUAUGUUCUGCUGUGACUUGAAUGAGGUUAAUUUACUCAGUGAGGAAAGACUAUAAAACAAGCUUUUUGAAGGCAUGAAACUUGCUCUUGCUUUUGCUUUUUCGUGUUGUGGUUAUUUAAAAAUAUUAGCUGAAAUGACUUUUUGUUGACAUGUAAAAUUAGCAAUAGAUUAUUUUUCCUUCUCAGCAAUAAAGUACAUUCAUUUUGGUAGAUAAUUCAAACAUUUGUCCACAAUUAAUACUGUGUAAAUUUGCUUUCAGUUCUACUGUUGUGAAUCCCUCAGUUUGAGUAAUUUGGUCCUGCUUUCUGUUAAUUUGCCAAAAACAUCUUCAAACACAUUUAGUUGGUGUCGCUGGGAGAUCUGCAGUAUUUACAGGGGAAAAAAGCAAAUAUUUGUAAUGGACAGAUUUGUCUGAAAAUAGUCAAAAAUGGACUGUGGUGUGGAUAUCUAGUGCAGCUUCAGACACUGAGUGAGUUUUGGCCACGUAACAAAAAUCUUUUGAAUGCCUGACAAUUUUAUAUUUGAAAUUUAACUCAGCUGAUGUGUGAUCAACUGAUACUCAAUUCACUAGCUCUCAGGAUGGCUAUAGGGACUAUAUGUGCAUAUAAAGUAAUACACCAACUAAUAACACUUCCUGUAGCCAGUUUCAACUAGUGAUGAUUGUUUUGGAAAACAUCAGAGUACCUGAAGAACUUAAUCUGUGGUGUGUGUGACCUGUCGCUUGCCAAAAUGUGUAAAGCUGUUUUAAAUUCUGGCUUCCAUUGCAAAUUCCUUUUUGGGUGUGAGGUUUUCCUUGAGCAUGAGUGAAAAUGUGCUCAGAAAUGUACUUGUGCUGCACACUCAAUUAUGCUGACUGUUGUAAAUACUCUAUAUUUGAAGAAUAUUUGCUUUGAAAUGUGCAGUGAUACCUCUGUGGCAAAGCAUGGUGGUUAGAAUAUAGUAGAAAUAUACAUCUUUGGUUUGAGGGCAAAGGCAUUAGGAAUUUAUAUUUUAAAAAGUAACACCUGUGUGUGUGCAGUUGUGGGUAAUGUAUCAGCCAGUGUGUUCUGUUACACAAUGUUAACAAUUAUGUAUUAAGAAGAAAGGAUUGUAACUGAAUACUCUUGCCAAUUUUAAUUUGUUGAUUUUAUUUAAUCCCACUCCAAGGAUAUCUUAAUUUUGCACCCUGGUAAUAUGUGGCCACUUGGAUGUAUCUGAAUUGCUCCCUCAUGGUGAAGACCACCUUUAAGCUAGUGGUGUUUUGCCUUAACACACCUACCUUUACCUCAUACAAAUCCUGUAGGUUGGUCUGCCCUCCCUUCUAAUUUAUGUGCAAUAUAUGUAUACAUCUUUUGUCUGCCUUUGUUUGUUGGCCUCAUUUUGUCUGCUAGGGAAUUGUCAUGCACUUUGUGUAUUUUAAUCCUAUGGAUAAGAUUUGUGUAAAUCUUAACAGACCAAGGAUUCAAAAUGGUCUGUUUGUUUAGAAAGAAAUAAACU